CCGUUUGAUAACAGGGGGUGUCCAGACACGUUUAGUGUGUGUGUGUGUGUGUGUGCGUGCGCGCGCGCGCGCGCUUGCGCGUCAUCAGGGGUUGGGGUUUCGGCGCGCGCGCGCUUUCUCCCGACGCCUCGCGCUGCUGACCGGCUGAUCGCGGAGGAAACCUGUCACAUCGGCGUGACGAGUCAGUCAGCGGACGGACGGAGAACCGGCAAGGAUGGACGAGACGAGGGCGGGCUCGUGCACGAGGUAACUGAGGUGGGGCAAGAGGCACGUAACACUCCACCCCGCCUCCCCCUCAUCACCCCCACCCCCUCAUCACCCCCACCCCCUCCAGUGCCUAUCAUUGGUCUUCUAUACCAUGAACUCUGGCUCUGCCCAGGAUGUGGCGGUGGAGCAUUUCCUGCGUGACAUAGAAAGGCGGGGCCAGCGGUUGCACUGCGCUGUGAUUGGCUGUGAGGAGGCGCCUCUCCGUGGCGACAUGAACCUGCUGUACCGCAAGAGUCGACUGGACUGGAGACACCGCGAUCAGGAGGGCAAGAAGAGCUGUAAAGAUGCCUCCUCGGCGACGGUAGGGAAGGUGCGUGACCUGGCAUCGUUCCGCCGGCAUUUCCGCAUGGGCUUCAUGACGAUGCCCGCUUCUCAGGACCUCUCGCCGCAUUCCUGCGCUGCCGCCAUGGCGCCACGCUCUCAGUCAUGCCAUGCCGUGGGCACCGGCGAGGGAGAGGGCCUCGAAAAUGGCGACGACCCCGACUCAGACGCUCAGAUGCCCUCUCUGACCGGACGAUGCCCCCCGGCUAAGCCCAAACGUCACCCGAGUACCCGCCUCAGCUCUACGCCGCAACAGGAGCACCCGGUCCGUGGUGGGCACGCACCACCUGACGCCCCUCCUCCUCCGCCACCCCAACACCCACCCAAACACCCUGAGAAGAAGAAUGCAAUGAAGAAAUCAGACUCCGGUGACUUACUGGGCAGGAAGGUGCCUCCCCAGAAGCCCAAACGGAGCCCGAGCACCCAACUGUCCUUUGAUGCUCCACCCCCUCGGCUUCCGCCCCCAGCUACACCUCUGCCAUUCCAGAGUGCUGAAAGCACCGGUGACGAUGAGCCGGUAUACAUUGAGAUGGUGGGUCAAGUGUUCACCCGAGAGACGCCCGGUGUGCCAACACCCUCAGCCACAACACCUGACUCCGACUCAGAUCCAGGCGAGGAGGCUAUCUAUGAGGAGAUGAAGUACCCAGUGGCUGAUGAUGCACACCAGCGACGCCUCCCACCCAAACACGAGCGUGCCAAGUCGUCAAAAUCCUACACAUCCUCCUCUGUCUCUUCUUCCUCCACAUCUUCUUCUCUCCCUCGGCCCUCAUCCUCCUCGCCCUCCUGCCCUUUGCCAUCUUCUAAGCAUAAAUCUGCCGUCUCCAUCUCUCACUCUUCGCCCUUACCUUCAUCUUCCUGCUCUGCCUCUUCCACACCUGUACCUCAGCCUCUCUCAUCCUCACCACACCCUCCUCGAGCCCCUACCCCCUUCCUCUUACCAGGCACCAAAUCAGAGUCAGAGAUUGGCUCCAGUAAGAUCCCAGCACCUUUCCCCAACUUGCUUCAGCACAAGCCACCUCUGUUGGCUUUCCCGCCCCCAAAGAGUGGCUCUGCCAAGCUGGGUUCCUCCAGCAGCCCAUCACCAGCCAGCCUGCCACCCACCAUUGGCACGUCUGCUUCAAAGGAAGCAACAGGUGGAGACAAGGAAAAGGAGAGGAAGGAAGGACCAGCGCCAGGCCUUCGGGCCCGGAGCCACUCGACACCUUUGCCUCCAUCCUCAAAAUCUUCCUCACCAUACUCACACCACCAUCACCAUCACCACCCACACCACCGGCCCUCACACUACCACCACUAUCGCAAACCUGAGAAAGAGUCAAGUAAGGCCUCACAGGGUACCUCGCAGUCCUCGACGCAAACUCAGACACAGGCCAAAGAGGGCAAGUCAGUAAGUUUUCUGCUGAAGUCAGACAAAGCUGAGAGGGAAAGGGAGCGAGAGAGAGAGAGAGACCGGGACCGAGAGAGGGAUCGAGACAGAGAGAGGGAUCGAGACAGAGAGAGAGACACGCCAGUCACACAGUCAUCCAGCCAGGUUGACAUGGCUGCCUGUACUGCUGCCACCACAACCACUAGCCUUCCUCCAGCGUCACUGUCUUCAUCCACGUCAUCGGGGACACCGUCCACAUCCUCAGCGUCACAGAGGCCUCCAUCUCGCUCAUUUCACCGAUCACACACUCCUCACACACAUCUCCCUGCCUAUAAGCCCCCGCCUGCAGACAGCCCCCUGCUCUGGACAUACCCAUCCGCGGGAUUCCGUCGGCCUCCAGCCUAUGACAGCCUGCGUGCUGGCACACCAAUGCCCUCCCUGCAGCCAGAGAGUAGUACCAAGGCAGGGAGCACCCACGUCUCACAUGCCAAGGCUGGGUUCUUGCCCUGGGAUGCCAGCGGGUGUGGUCUCGGCUUCACUGAUGAUCAGGCGUAUUGGCCCAUGCACAGGAAGCUGUCCUUCAGCCAUGGCAGCAGAGAGACAGAGAAAGAAGAAGGCCAUGUGUGGAAUGGCAGUACUGAUGCUCUGUUAAGAAGAGACCGAGAGGACGCUGGGAGUAGUGGCCGGGCUGGAGGAGUUUCUGGGAUCCCUGUGCGGGCAUCGGGAAGAGUAGGGCACAGUGAGAGUCUAGCGGGGGCGGAUGGGCCGCCAGGCUUCAGGGUAAUGCCUCGCACAGGACUGCCCCUGCCAUGCCAGACCUUCCCUGCCUGCCGCAAUGGAGAGCUUGGCCGGCUCGGAAGGUCAUCCUCCACAUCUGGAGUGAGGCAGGCAGGAGGGGAUGUUCAGAGACAGAGUAGCCUACCGGCUAGAGAAGCUCUCAAUCAGUUGCACGCUCUCUCUCAGGCGCCCUGCAGCCCCUCUCUGGCUCGUGCUCAGGCUCAGACCUUGACUCAGGCUCAGGCUCAGUUCCACCUGCAGCAGCUUCAGCAGCACCACCUACAGUUGCAGUUCCAGCACCUGGCCCAGCUGGCAGCGCAGGCUCAGGCCACGCCAGGCACAGGCAGCGCCACCGCCGGCAUACCAGGCAGCACAGGCACAGCGGGCAUGGCCACCCAGCGCGAUGGCAAGCUGCUGGAGGUGAUCGAGAGGAAGCGGUGCCUGUGCAAGGAGAUCAAAGCCCACCGGCGGCCAGAUAAGAGCCUGUGCAAACAAGACAGCAUGCCCAUCCUGCCCAGCUGGAGGAAAACGCCCGAGCCGCGUAAGACGGGCACGCCACCCUGCCAGAGACCGCAGGCCGUAGUGUGGGACACGGCUAUCUGACAAAGAGAGAGUUGGAGAGACUGAGAUACACUGAUGCGCCACUUUAUUAGGUACACCUAACUUGUGUCUACGUUCACUUUGCAUUUUAUCAAGUAAACCUACCAUGUAGGGGUGUAACGCAACGCGGCUACGUGUCUCUCUAAAUGUUUAGCGCUCCAAAUAUCUGUAUUCAGAUUUAAACUCAAAGCUGGCAUGGCUUUUUUCAAUUCUUUUUUCUUCUUUUUUUUUUAGAUUAAAUAUAAAUAUUCAGUGUCAAUUCAAAGACAUGCACCUGCUAAAGAGAUAAUCCUGCAUGCGCGCUUCUUAUUUUUGCUCACACCUCGCCGUGAUAUUUUCAAACAAACCGAAUUCAAGCCUAAUUCGAACCACUGCGGAUCUCGAUCUUGCAGCACCGGGUCACGAACGAGAACGCUGUGAAACACCUUUAUCUUUUUUUUGCAUCCGUUUAGAACCCACGGCCUGUGCGUGCUGAACGUUCGCGACUUUGUAAGAUAUACAGUUACUGACUGUAGCCCAUUUGUUGCUAUGCACCAAAACCCAACAACACUGCUGUGCCUAAUACACUUAACACGCCGCAUCACACACACAUCACCGCUGUCCUGAGAAGAUCCGCCACCCGAAUAAACAUCUUCUCGUUGGAUGUCCUAUGGACAGGACAGAGGGAGGCUGACACACUGAGCCAGAGAUCUGCUACAGUUAGUAACUUUCUUCCUACAAAAUGCCCCUAUAUGGUAUGUGCACAUGAUGAAAUGGCAAGUAAGUGUAAAUACAAGAUAGGUGUACCUAAUAAAUUGGCAAAUGAGUGUACGUGUAAUAUCUGCAAGAGAGAAAGUCAGGACUGUUGAUAAGAUCGGACAGGCGAGGAACCUGCGAGUGUGGAAAAAAGACGGGUGUAUUAUAAAGAUGUAGAGUCCGUAUUGUAUACUUCGGGGGGGCGGGGUUUCAUUUUGUUUUUUGGUUUUUUUUGGAGGAGGGGUGGUGGGGUGGGAGAGGGGGUUAUAAUAUCACAGCAUUUUAUGUGCCAUAUAAAGACAGUAUAUACAUAAACACACGAGAGAGACACAUUUCAGUCGGGACUCUCUUUUACCUACCAUGCCUCAUCGCGACUACUAAGAGAACUACACUGAGUUUACAACCUUUUAAAAAAAAAACAACAACAAAAAAACAAACAAACAAAAAAAAAAUAUAUAUAUAUAUAUACACGUACCGGACUUCUUACACAAACGUUUGGAGCUCUCUAUACUAUGUUCUUGAACAGAUGGAGAAUUUCUCCAGACAGGAAGAUGGAGGGACGACAUGGUAAUGCAGCGGGGUGCUUCUACAUUCCAGAGGGACGUGUGUGUGUGUAUGUGUGUGUGUAUGUGAGAGAGAGAGAGAGAGAGAGAGAGAGAGAGAGAGUCUGGAAUGUGGAUAUGAAGGACAGGACCGACCUAAUAUGAAAGACCUGGAAAGCGAUAAUGCUGUAGAUGAGCACACAGUGUGUGUAGAAAUAAAAUGCAACUAGUCAAAUUCGAGAAAAAAAUAUAAAAAUACACACACCUAUACGGACCAGAAGGUAUCAUUCGAACACACACACGUGCUCAAUACAUACUUACACUGAUUAAGCAAAACACACACACACACACACACCAAUACAUACUUACACUGCUAAAUCAAAACACACACACACACACACACACACACCAAUACAUACUUACACUGCUAAAUCAAAACACACACACACACACACACACACACACACACACAACAAUACAUACACUGAUUAAGCAAACACACACACACACCAAUACAUACUUACACUGCUAAAUCAAAACACACACACACACACACAUACACAGCAAUACAUACUUACACUGCUUAAGCAAACACCAGAAUGUACAUUUCAAACACACACACACACACACACACCAAUACAUACUUACACUGCUUAAGCAAACACACACACACACACACACCAGAAUGUACAUUUCAAACACACACACACACACACACACACUAAUACAUACUUACACUGCUUAAGCAAACACACACACACACACCAGAAUGUACAUUUCAAACACACGCGCACACACACACACACCAAUACAUACUUACACUACUAAAUCAAAACACACACACACACACGCAUUGUAAAGUAUAGAAGUGUGUCGUGCUGGCGUAGUUUGUACAAGAGUGCUUAUUUGCUGGGUUUCUGGUUAUGUUGAUAUUCUCGAUCGAGCGUGAAGGGGACCAGUCUCUGGUCGCAGCUUGACUGUUCAUACUACCUAGGAGCUAAACACCGAACUAGACGAGUCUCGCGCUCUUAUCCACUUUUGUAGCACUAUGCUUCCGGAAAACGUAACCGGAGCGUGUUCACACAGAGCGCGCUCCCACGAAAGAGCUUCAUCACAUCACGCACGCUAAGCGGCAAGACCGCGCACGUCCGCUCGGAUGUGAUGGAGCCGUGAAACGACGAGGUUCCAGGCGAGAGUCUCGCCGCUUGGCGUUCUUACGUCAUCGACGAGAUGACGGUGACGGGAAAUAGAAGCUAGCUGACUAUUAAAGGAAUACGCCGCUGUUUUUCGACGCCAUCUCUGUGCAACACAUACAUCUGUUGCGCAAGCGUUCAAAGCAGGAACAAGUUUCUUUCGUAAUGAGUCUUUAUUUAUUAAUCACGUAUACGUUACAGCACAGUGAAAUUCUUUUCUUCGCAUACCCCUGCACGUUAGGACGUUGGGUUCAGAGUACAGGGUCAGCCGUGAUACAGCGCCCCCUGGAGCAGAGAGGGUUAAGGGCCUUGCUCAAGGGCCCAACAGUGGCUUCCGAUCAGUAACCCAGAGCCUUAACCGCUAGUGGUUAGCACGCUAGCCUCACACCUCAGUGGUUCCUGGUUUGAGUCUUGCCUCCACCCAUGUUCGCCCCGUGCUUCUGGGGUUUCCUCCUCCAGUCCAAAGACAUACAUUGAUUGGUAUUUCCAAAUGGUCCAUAAUAUACGUGUGUGAUUGUGCCCUGCGAUGGGUCCACAGACCGUCCAGGGUGUCCCCCACCUUGUGCCCUGAGUUCUAGUAUAGUCCCUCUAGUAACCCUGUCUAGGAUAAGCGCUAUGGAAGAUGGAUCGUUACGUAUUUGAAAUGUUUACUGAUAUAGUUCAGCAGCGUCCCUUAGUUUUGACGAAAAAGUAGUGAAUAUAGGAACCAUACAGAUGUGUUUUGGAUGGAGAUGACAAUGAAAAACAAUGACGUAUUCCCUUAACAUUGCUUAACAUCAGGUCUAGCCACGUAGAAAUCUCAUUUCGGGUUGUUCAGUCAUGGUUUGGCGCUUUCAUGACUGAGAAAAUCUUCAUAAACGAAUCGAUUGUCGUCGCCAUUUUCCGUGUCUGGCAUCAGCGCCCGUGCCAUCGUUUACUCGAGCGGCUUCUUUGGUCCGUAGGAGGACGAGCGAGGUGGGUUGCCAGAGUGCCAGACCUAAAUCCACCCCGAGCUGCGAAUAGCUCGAAAUCUUGCCCGUUCCAGGAUGGUGAAAUCAGAUGGGAGAAUCUUUAUCCGGAUGGAUCCAUGACUCUGUAUCAUAUGCGAAUCCGUGUACAUACGUUAAAGUAUUUAUAGCCUCUUCAUGUCAGUGACCGCAUCAUCAUUGGUGUCAAUCGUAUGGGAUUGUUUAAGGUUAGAGAUUUGUUUGAGGUUGGUUAAGGUUCCAUCACUCUUACUUACACACACACACCCACACACACACACACACGUACGCAUACACAGGCUCUGCCCUUCAUAUCAGACACUAAAGAGGCAAACCAAGAUCAAUUAUUAUUCGUGUGGCCUGGACGAUCGCGCUCCUCAAAAACGAAUCAACGAAAUGCUGGAACUAACCGCACAAUACAGAAACGACAACCCUGCGAAAAACCCACGCACGGCGUGUACUAAAACAAACACACAAAGGGUUUGAAAUUGUAAAAUAGAUAUGUAAAACUGUAUCGAUUAUGUAGCAAUUCUUUCCACUUUCAUACUUGUGAUCGACAAGUAUACUGUAGCAUACGAUGUAUAAAAAGUACAAGGUGUUUAAUUGUUUUAUAAAGGAAUUUAGUAGUUCUAUCUGUGGCAACCUGUCUACACUGUACCGUAUGGUUUGGCCCGUCGAAAUGCAAGCCCUCUUACUAAAGGCACGGUUCGCAGACACAACAAUACAGUAUCUCCUGCUAGAAUUAUGCAAGUCCCUUUAAACAGGUCUACUUUUACUGCUUUUUUAAUCGAUUUGUUUAUUUAUGUACAGGAACCACCAGCCCAGUUUGGUCACUGUUUGGAUAUUUUGGAAUACUUUUGCUGCUACUGAAUUACUACUGCUGUUAUAAAUAGUUUGUCAUAUAUUCCUCACUACUGGUAAACCACUUCUCUUAUAUUAUACCUCUUCCUUGUUUUUUUUUUUGUUUUGUUUUGUUUUUUUUCUCUUUCUUUCAUUUGCUGCAUUUGACGUUCCUCUAUUUUUAUUUAUUUAUUUAUUUAUUUUCCUGAGGUCAGGGUAGGAUGGCGUUUGGUCUAACUAUCGAUCUUUCCGUGAUUGUACUAUGGCACGCAAGUGGGGUUUGGUCGUUUUUGGUUUUUUUUUUUAUUUCGUUUUUUUUUGUUCCCGUUCUUCUUGUGGUUGUGUUUUGAACGUUGUUGUUUCUUUCUGAACAGUUCUCACCGACUUGUACAGUUUUCACUUUAUCAACACUACUGAGAAACGGGAAAGGUCACGUUGCAGCGUCGUCAACGCCGUCACACGUCUUCAUGGUGUCAUUAUGGUGUCGCCCUGGUGCGGUUAUGGAGUAACCGUAAAGCUAUUGUGGUGUCGUCAAGGCCUUGUCAUGAUGUUUCUAUGGUGUCAAUCAUGGUAACACCAUUUGACUACUUUUUAUGCUGAUUACAGUGAGUCAUCAUGGUGUUCUAAUGACUGUUUGUCACGUGCCACAUGACCAUUUUGAAUACCCUCAUGUUAUUACCAAGAGGUUACCGUGGUGUCUCAUGGUGUUACCUUGAGGUUACUGAAUUGACAUCAUGAUGUUAGUGAAAGGUUACUGUGCUGUCCUCAUGGUGUCACUGAAAGGCCACUAUGGUGUCAUCAUAGUGUUCUCAUGAUGUUGCUGUGGUGUCUCUGACAGUCAUGGUAACACCAUGUGACCUAGUUGGCCACUAUGAGUACCCUAUCAGUGUCCUUGUGUAUCAUCAUGAGGCAAAUGUAGUGUCAUCACGGUGUUACUGUGGUUACACCAUGGUGUUCUCCUAAUGUUACCAUGGCAUCGUUGGCAAUCAUGGUAACACCGUACCACCCACAACGAGCGCUCUGUCGAGUUGUUACCGUGAGGUAGGUCUGGUCUCAGCAUGACGUUACUGUGGUGUUAUUGUGGUGUCGCCGUGGUGCUCUCAUGACUGUUCCACAAUGUCGUUGACAAUCACCACAUGACCCAGAUGGGCACUGUCAGUACAAUCUCUGUCAAACAGAAUCACAACAGAGGAAGAAGAGGGCUGGUGCAAUGCAUGCUGGGAGUCCUCAAAGGAUUCCAACUUCGAGAAGGGUUGGGCUGUGUCUCGGUCUGAAUAAACUGUGCCCAAUUUGUACUUCAAAUAUACUAAGUAAUCAUCUAGUUACAAUUUAUUACAACGAAGGGGUAGAAUUAACGAUUAAAAAACUAGUUUACAGAAGCUGUCGGCUUUGCGUGUCUACUUAAAUGGUGGCCAUAUUAUGAGUGCCAUAAUAUAUUGAUAUGGUAAGAUACGAUGUACCUUGGAAAUCACUGUAGUGCUAUAUUUGCAUUGAUAUCGUCAUGAAAUAAAUUUUAUAUGAUGAACUGAA